CGCUGGGAAUAGCUGUUAAUCCGGCUGGGUAUGCUGCAGGGCAAAGAAGAAGACGUGGAGCUGCUGCUUGCGGACCUGCGUCUUACUCGUCUUACCCAGUAUCACGCUCACCAGUUUUAUUCAAGCACAAGUACUUCCUCGCCGGCUGAUGGGAGUUCUCUGGCCUCGCCGAUACCCUCGAGUCUCCUCCACCGUCAGUCAUGGCUGGAGACGUCAUACCCGCACCCUUCCAGAUCACCGAACAUGAUAAACGGGGAUUAAUUGUCGUUACUGCUGGAUGUACUCUAGCUUUCGUGUGGGUGUGCUUUAUCAUUCGAGUGUGGCUGCGCUUGCAAGUCCGAGAAUGGAGGUCUGACGACUACUUCCUCGCAGCAGCGACGUUCCUAGACACAGUUCAGACUGGACUUAUAUUCUAUCUUGUUUAUCUAGGCUUAGGUGGUCCUCAGGAAGACAUUCCCCCGAAGCGACUUGAGGACAUCGGAAAGCAAGGAUUUGCUUCCCAAAUAUUUUACGUUCUUACUUUAUGGACUACCAAGUCAUCUAUCUUGCUGUUGUAUAUGCGACUUUCGCCGAGCGGCGGCCACAGAAUUGCAUCAUGGACGAUGCUCGUAGCAUCUGCUGUGUGGGCGCUCAUCGCGAUCGUUUUGAUCAGCAUUCCGUGCAACCCAGCGCAAUUCUACACAAGCAGGGCUGGUGAGUGCGGCAGUGUGUGGCCCAAAUGGCAGGCUAUCACCGCCCUCGAUAUCUCCACCGAAGGACUCAUCUUCUGCAUCGCGAUUCAGCUUGUAUGGACGCUCCAUAUGCGGUGGAAGGCCAAGGUCCUCGUCAUCUUCGCUUUCUCCGCACGACUGCCUAUCAUCAUGAUAGCAGCCAUUCGGCUUCACUACUUCCACCAAGCGAUCAUCGCCACGAAUGUCACGUAUGUGAGCAGCUUCUACCUGGUUGCCAAUCAGUGGCAAAUGAGCUAUGCCAUCAUUUCCCUCACAAUAACUGGCAUGGGUCCUUUUCUACGCCCUUUCAACAAGGACCUGAUGACGAGCUACGUAGCGAAACGGUACGCAAGGAAUGGCAAUAUUAUCGCAUCUCAGUCCGAAGGGUCUCAGCCAUCGAGCUAUCAAAUGAGCAGGCUCGACCACGAAGAGAACAGAGCUCCACGAGUAAUACUGCGCCAACACAGCCGCUCACGGAACGAGCUCAAGGACCCUUCUCCAGAGCCUGGGCAGGUCUCUCCCACGUCGCAGACAUCCAUCAUUAGAUCAGCAGAGCCGCUAACCUUUCGCCCACCACACGAAGGCCUCAGACACGAUGCCGAGGUCUGGGUGGGAAACCGUACAUCGAGUGUACGCGACGCAGAUGACGUGUUUAGACACUUGAGCGAUGAAACCCGUUUGGUCAUCACAAAAAAGACCGAGAUGAAGGUAGAGUGCGACAGCGCAAGCCAAGCGUAACGAUAGUUGCGCAAGCUUUUCUGCGGGAGUACAGCUCUGGAUCGAUACCCCCUCACCGUUGUAUUUUUAUCAAGACUUUAGACACGCACACAGAUGACAAUGAGAGACGUUGACGUUCACCGACAAUUCCGAGGGCAAAGGACCGAUUCACACGUGUGAUUUCCCG